AUGGUUAGGAGAAAUAAGAUUGGAAUUGGUGGGUUAUUGGAAACUAAAUUGCGUGGGAAUAAAAUUAGGGAGUUUAUGGAUCUUAAAUUUCCUAAUUGGGAGUUUUACUCCAGUCCGAUAAUAGAAGGGAGACUGUUAAUUUUGUGGAGGAAGGGGCUAGCUAGAUUGACUGUGUUGGAAGAUUCGCCUCAGUUAGUUCAUUGUCAAGUUCAGAUGGUGGGUGACAGGAGAUGCUUCUUUGUCACUUUUAUAUAUGGUUAUAACACAGUAGAGAAGAGAAGAAGGCUUUGGACGGAUCUAACUCGUAUCUCGUUGUCAGUUAAGGCUUGGAUUGUACUUGGAGAUUUUAAUGCUCCCUUUUCUGUUGGAGACAGAUCUGGGGGUAAUGCUAUUACUGGUAUUGAGCUGGCCGAUGCUCUUGGUUGGAAAGUGAAUGCCAAUGUUGAAACUCUCAAAAGUACAGGGUCAUUUUUCACCUGGACUAAUAAUCAGGAAGGAUCAGCCAGGAUUUUUUCAAAAAUUGAUCAUGUUUUCAUUACUGAGGAUUGGUUAGAUAUCUUCCCUCAGACUUUGGCUAAGUUUUGGUGGGAGGUAGUGUCGGAUCACUGCUCUUGUAUUGUCUCUAAUAUACCUUUGGUGACCAUGGGAAGCAAACUGUUUAAGUUCUAUAACUUCUGGUCUAGCCAUGCUGAAUUCAAACAAGUGGUGUUAAGUAAUUGGGAGGUCCCUGUUCAAGCAUCUGGUUUGAGAGCUAUUUUUAUCCAUUUGGUUAGGCUGAAGCACAGGCUUAAGAGGUUCAAUAGGGACUGUAUUGGUGAUGUGGGGUAUGGUUACCAGUUAGCUUCGAUGGACUUUCAAGAUGCCCAAUUUCAGGCCCAAGCUAACCCGCAAGAUUUCAGGUUACAGGAGGUGGUGAAGGAGAAGGCUGCUGAGUUCCAUAAACAAGAACAGAUGUAUCAUAGUUUUCUUGCUCAACGGAGUAAGAUUAACUGGAUUAGGAAGGGGGAUAUGAAUACAUCCUUUUUCCAUGCUUUUCUAAAGAAACGCAAGACAGAGAACGUGAAAUGA